CACACACAUUUCUGUAGAUGGCCUGUGAACAAACAGCUACUUGAGUGAAAAAAUGAGCAAUGGAUUGAGUUGGACGCACCAACCUGUGAGGGAGAGUUCAGGAGAGAGAUUCAGCCUUCAUGUCCUCCCUUAGAAUGAUUUGGUGUCACAGGAGCUGAAGAGGAGAGCUCACAUACAGGCUCUUGUUGGACAUGAAACUUCAUUUCAUUAACUGAUCGACCUGGAUGUCACUUCUUGAACUGCUGGGGACGUUUGGGAUUUUGCACGACUGAAAGAGCCGCCCCCUGCCUUGAUCUCUGACAGUGGAGUGAGUCGGGUAUUUCCAGCACUGAUACAGACAUUGGCACCCACCUUGCUCCAUACAAGUCAGCAGCUUAUGCAAAAACUUACUCAGUACAUUGGCGUUAAUGAAGUAAUGUAAAUACAAAAAUUCCACUGAAGCUCAUUGUCUUUGAGAAAUUGUGCACCUUAAACUAGCAGGAGUUCAUCCUGGACAAGCUGAGGACCUGCAAGAGUUAAAGCUCUGCCUGUUUCUGCAGAAUCUCCACUGUGCUCUGAUUUUUAUAAAACUGUAACAGAGAUCUGUGUGAAUUUGCUGCAUGUGGCAGAGAAUCACUGCUGACACACCAAACUCCCACCCAUCACCAUCAGCAGAUGCAGAGGAAGUUUCAGCAGGAGGAGGUGAAGCUUGGCGGAGCGGCCAUGUCUCUGUCGGCCGACCUGAGCUGCCUGCAGAGCGGCGGAGGAGAAGAGCGUGAGGAGGCGCUGGCCUCGCUGGAGAAGCAGCUCAUCUGCCCCAUCUGCCUGGAGAUCUUCAACAAGCCGGUGGUGAUCCUGCCCUGCCAGCACAACCUCUGCAGGAAGUGUGCCAAUGAGCUCUACCAGCCAUCCCUGUUCCAGGCUCGGACCACCAUGCUGGUGAACAGCGGUCGUUUCCGCUGUCCGUCCUGCAGACAUGAAGUGGUGCUGGAUCGCCACGGAGUCUACGGCCUUCAGAGGAACCUGCUGGUGGAGAACAUCAUCGAUGUCUACAAACAGGAAGUCAGCAAAGCCAUCGCCACGAGCCCCCUCCCUCUUCCUCCUCCACCUCCAGCUCAGGUGACAUGUUCAGACCAUGAGGGUGAAAAGGUGAACAUCUACUGCCUCACCUGUCAGGUCCCGACAUGUUCUCUCUGCAAAGUGUUCGGGGCUCACCAGACCUGUCAGGUGGCUCCUCUGACAGACGUCUACCAGCAGCAGAAGGAUAAGCUGAGUGAAGGAAUCAGCUCUCUAGUGGCGUUCAACGACAAAAUUCAGGCUCUGAUCGACGAAGUGGAGGAGACCUGCAGAACUGUAGAGGAGAACAGCAAGACUCAGAAACAGAGUGUUUGCGACAAAUUCGACCACAUGUUUUCCAUCCUGGAGGAGAGACGUAAGGCGAUGACACAGCGAAUCAGCUCAGAGGAGGAUGAAAAGACAGGUCACAUCCAGGCACUGGUGCGUUGCUAUGGAGACAGCGUGGACGCCAAUAGCAAGUUGGUAGAGGGCGCCACCAGCAGCAUGGAGGAGCCGGACAUGGCGGCAUUUGUUCAGAGUUCAAGAGAACUAAUCACAAAAGUGGUGACAGCGACCAAGUCCUGUCCAUCUGAGACGCUGAAGCCGGGCUAUGAGAACCUGAGCCUCUACAGAUUUAACUUCAGCACACAGGAGAGAGCUCUGAAUAGCAUUGACUUCAUCAAAGAUGUGGAGGAUGGUCCUGAAGAACCAGAGAUGGCUCCAGAACCAGAGGAACCCAAAGAACCCUGUAUCCAGAACAUUGAGCCAAAACAAUACCAGGAAACCUCAGUACAGAACCUGGAAUCUGUUGUAGAACCAGUUGAAGAGCCGAUUCCAACAGUGAUGUCUGCUCCAGUGGAACAGGCUGCACCGGCCCUGAUUCAGCUGGCUCCAGGACUGGUGAGGGACUCUGUGGAGCCCGCUGGGGAGGUUACACAGCUGGAGGCUGAUGACCCAAAUGAUGGAAGAUCAGGCCUGAUUAAAGUGGAGAAGCAGGAGGAGGAGAAAGUGGAGGAGGAGAGAUGUCCAGCUCCUGAUCUGGUUAAAGAGGGAAACAUCUGCCAACACCAGGAGGGAAUGAGCACACAGCAGGCUGUCACUCUGCUCGUCUACCUGUUGGCCUUCCUGGUCAUCCUGCAGAGGGUGUGGGCUUACAUCGGCUGCUUCAUUUGCACAUAACAUCAGCAGGAGACGCACGUCACCACUGCUACACAGCUCAGAUAGAGGCUGAGACCAGGAGCUCUGCUCACCCCAGUCCUCCCCUCUCCUCCUCCUUCACCCUCAGCGAGGCGCCUCGUCGGCCCAGUUUCUGCUUCUCCUGGCUCAACCCCCUCCACAGGAAGAAGUAGAAGGAAGAGGGAGGCAUCUGGAGAGAAAAUUCUGCUGUGGAGAUGAAGAAGGACACACUUCAUUCACGCCAGAGUCAGUUUCAGCUCAAUACUGAUCUGGAAUGUGUGUAAAAACUUAGUUGUAUUUUUUCCUUGACACAGCAGAAAUCCUCUCAGACAGAAAAAACAUGGAUGAACACAGCUUUCAUCAGGUGUUGUAUGAUGGAAACAAAAUGUCUGCUCUGGGUAUGAUUCAAUGAGAGAGAUGCUGAAACUCACUGAUAAUAUAUAUUUUUUAAGCAUGAUGGCGCAUUUCACAGCAGGUGUGGUAACAAAGAUAGAACUGGAAAUAUGUAACUAUUAUUGGCAAGAAGAGUGGAGGAACUGAAAGUAGUAAUCACCACAUUUGCAAAACUUUUGUCAGUUGCAAUAGAACAAGAGGAGCAAUCUGUUUUUGCAAAGAAGAAUAAGUUUUGAAUGUCAUGGUGACAUGUUUACGAUAUCCUGGUACUGUAAGUAAGGCUGGGUGAUGUGGACAAAGUUUAUAUCCUCAUUGAUAUAGCAUUUUAAUUAAAGUGAAAUCAGAUACUUGUCAAAGCAAUGUGUGGAUUUCAUCACAUAUUUUCAGCUGUUUUGAUCACUUGUUCAUGAAGGAUCGAUUGAUAUUGAUUAUCCAGGGUCGAUAUUAGUCAUCAAGGAGGCUGAUAGCCGGUAACUAAAUGUUGGUAUCAAUAUAUGGAAUAAUACAAAGUCCACAACACAGCUUAAUUGGAAUGCAUUUGAUUUUUUAUGUUGUAUUAAAGGAGAACUUGAUUGGCUGUUACUAGUGAUGCGUAACCAAUCAGGUAGUGCUGUGGCUGGGACAAUUUUUGAGACAUUAACAGAGAAUUUUUAUUCUAAAAAGAAACUGCUUAAACAUAAUCAUAAACAUUAUCAGGAAAAUGUUGAAUAUUGGCCCGAACAAUCAACCAGGCCUAACAUCAGACUACACUGUAAAAAGUGUCCUUUAAAAAACAGUGAAAAUCUGGCGGCAAGGUAGCCAGAAAAAAAUACAUAAAAAAGGCGAAAUACUGUAGUGUUCAAAAACUGUGAAGUGAAAAUAACAGCAAAUAUCUGUACAGUAAUUAUAUAUGUUGAGCAGACUUCAGUUCAGUAAAAUGGUCUAAUUUUACAGUUACGCAUUGUAAAGUGACAAACUAAAUUUGGUCAAGUACAGACUUUUCAUGUGGGUGGUAUUUACUGUUUUGGCUAGUUUUUUUGUUUUAAUUUUAUUGGGUUUUUUUUUAACAGUAAAUAGAUUUUUUUUCCCCUGUGAUUUUGCUACAUUUCUGUAGUUUGUCAAAUGGGGAAAUGAUCAUUUUUGAAAGCUUAGCAUACACAUUCAUUAUUUCAAAUAAUUGCAAAUAUUUCUACUAUAAUGACAUUUGUUGCUAAUUUAAAUACAGUAAAAAAAAAUACAUUUAUGGUCAGACAUUGUAAAAGAAAGAAUUACCAUUUGGAAAAAAUACAGAUUUUUGAUGUGGAUACUAUUGACUGUUUUGGCAAGGUUUUUUGUUUUUUUACAUGUUUAUUUUGUUUUGGGUUUUUUUAGUAGUAAAUUUAAGAAUUUGCUUCUGUGAUUUUACUAUUUAUAUGCCAUUUAACAAACUAAACUGUAAAAUAACAGAUAAUUCAUCAAAGAAUUAUUUGUUAUCCGAUAUAAACAGUGUGGCUUUUAUCUUAAUUGUCACAGCAUUUUCAUCAUUUUUAGGGCAAAAACAGAUACUUUCCAAAAACAAUGUGUUUCUUUAAUUGACCAUUAAUCAAUUUACCAUUAGAAGCAGAUGAAUCAAACCCCUCUGUUGAGGAAGUGGACAUAGGAAUUCUUUUUGUGACAGACGAAUCAGAAGUUUUGGUGACUUUAAUGUGGUUAACUGAAGUAAACGAUGGAUUUGUUUUUCUUGAAAAACAACAUUUUUAAACUUUAGAGAGAGCCCUGGACUGGAGACAUAAUUUCAGCUGGAUUAAUCCCUUUUACUAUCACUUUUUUCCUUUCUUCUUUAGUUUCACUUGAAAUUGCUCUGAAUGUGUCACAUUUGGUACAGAUAUAUAUUUUUUAAUGCCAGAGUGCACCAGAGCAGCCUUUUGUGUGUAUUUAAGAAUGUGUUUGACAAGCUGCUGUCUGCACAUGAUGAAUACAUAGCUCAGAUGAGAUACAAUUUUUGCUUGAUAUGUUUAGAAAUGUAAUAAAUCUGAUUUUGGUCUCCUAAAAUAUGUUUGUGUGGAGAUGUGACUGUGAA